AGGAAUUACGCAUUUUGCGUUGCUUAAUUCCUGAUAAUCCAUUCCAAUUAUCCAUUUCUUUCCUUAUUUAUAUAUUUACCGUUACUCCAUUUUCCUCUAUCACUUCCCCCUCCCUCCCAAAACUUUUUCCAACAAUGGAGUCAGUCGAUCUUAAUGAAACGACCAACGUCACCGGUAACGAAAACCACGUUGACCACGGCUGGCAGAAGGUGUCAUACCCCAAACGCCAACGCAAGACCAAGAACAAGCCUAACGCCGAUAACGGAGCUCCACCAGAUGGAACGUCCAGCGUUUUCCGUUCCGUCGAGCAACAGGCCGAGGAAAGUCGCCUUCGGAUCCUUGAAGUGCAAAGAGCUUACGGUGCUUCUGUUGUUGUCGUUGAGGACAACGCGAAAGCUAAGCAGAAAAAAUCGGGCCUUGACGAUUCCGACAUGGACAGUGACCAGGAUGGCGUUACGUCUGACGGGAAGCCGGCUGAUGAGGGAAAGAAGGUGAAGCAAAAGAAGACGAAGAAUCCCAAGGUUACCGUUGCAGAGGCCUCCGCGAAGAUCGACGCCAAUGAUCUCUCCGUUUAUCUUGCGGAAUUGAGUAGCGAACAGGAAGAAAUUCAAAUGCAAAAGUUUGCGGAUUUCUAUGGCAAAGCAUUCCAGCAAGUGGUAGCGGGGCAGUUUCCUUGGUUGAAGAUAUUCAGGGAGAGCACAGUCGUCAAGCUUGCUGAUAUACCACUUUCUCAUAUCUCUGAUGUUGUACAUAAGAUCUCUGUUGAUUGGAUUAGCCAACAAUCCCUUGAGGCACUUGGUUUCUUCGUAUUAUGGUCUGUAGACAUCAUUCUUGAGGACUCGGCUGCCCAACAAACAAGUGCUAAGGGCUCCAAUAAAGGUGUGCAACAGACAUCAGCAAAGUCCAAGGUCGGUAUAUUUGUGGCAUUAGCAAUGGUAUUGCGGCGUAAACCUGAUGCUUUACUUAGUGUGUUGCCAAAGCUGAGAGAACAUCCCAAAUAUCAAGGACAAGAUAAGCUCCCCGUUUUUGUAUGGAUGAUAGUUCAGGCAUCCAAAGGAGAUCUUCCUGUGGGGCUGUACAUGUGGGCACAUCACCUCUUGCCUAUACUUGGUGGCAAGAACUGUAAUCCACAGUCCAGAGAUCUAAUUUUACAGCUGGUUGAAUGGAUCUUAUCUGUCUCAAAGGCUCGCUCGAUUUUAGUAAAUGCUGCUGUUAGAAAAGGAGAACGUUUGGUUCCACCGUUUUCAUUCGAGAUAGUAAUUCGAUCUACCUUCCCUGCUGCAUCAUCUAGAGUGAAGGCGACAGAAAGGUUCGAGGCCAUAUAUCCUACUGUCAAGGAAGUUGCUCUUACUGGUGUUCAUGGAAGCAAAGCAAUGAGACAAAUGUCUUUGCAGAUGUUCAACUCUGUUGUCAAAGCAGCUGGAGAAAGCUCUCCCGAAUUAUCGAAAGAAGCCGCUGGAGUAGUCAUAUGGUGUUUGAACCAGAACCCCGAAUGCUAUAAGCAGUGGGACAAGGUUUAUUCCGACAACCUAGAAUCGAGUGUUCGUAUACUUCGAAGGCUUUCCAAUGAAUGGAAAGAACACUCUGCAAACUUAACUACUCUUGACCCUUUGAGGGAAACCGUCAAGUGUUUUAGGAACAAGAAUGAGAAAGCAAUGACCAGUGAGUCGGAUGCCGCGAUACGGGCACUAUAUCAGGAUGCAGACAAGUACUGUAAGCAUAUAUCAGGAAAGCUAUCGCGAGGCCAUGUGUGCCUAAAAGCAUUGGCCUUACUGAUCGUCGCGGUUGGUGUAGGUGCUGCUGUUGUAUCUCCCAACAUGGAUACUUCGGACUGGAAUAAACUGUAUGUUUCUAUCAGCUCUCAGUUGCCGGUUUAAAGACUUCGCUUUUAGGUACUUUCUUUCCUCAGUUACAAGAUCUUCGAUCUGGAGUUUCUAGCACGAAAGAAGGGGAAAACAGAAAAAGGAAAACAAAGUGUUUAUAGUCUCAGAACACAGGCUCUCGUCUUAAAAAAG